GGACGUUGUUUGGCAGCGAGCAGUCGUGUGUUCCCAAUAGUCGUAGUUUCGUUUUUAUUUCUGAGCGUAUAUUUAAAUUUUGGACCGGUCACCUUGCGUCAUCAUGUGGUCUUCUUCGACUGGCAAGCGAACCAUCACCACCUAUUAUUCUGAUGGCACCGGGCCCCCGAGAUCCGAAACGAAGACCUACACUUUCGGCGGCACCGAUGGUGGACCGAGCAUCGGUUUCGGAGGGGGCAAUGUAGACAUUGGAUUCGGUUCCUCUUUUGGUGGAAGGGGCGCCCAAUUCAGCUACGGCGGAGGAGGAGAUAGUGGUGGCAGCAGUGGAUUCCGUCUUCCCGGAGGAAUUGGCUUUGAAGGAUUCACCAGCGGCGGAGGAGGAGGAGGAGGAGGUGGGAGCAGCGGCGGGGGAGGAUACCGAAGGCGAUGCACUCGGGAUACCCAGCCAGACAUCAUCGGACGGCCGAGCAGGAAGGAGAAGAAAAACCCGUUUUCGGGCGUCAAGAAUCAGAGUCACGCCGAUAUCGUGAAGAAGUGCCAAGAAGAAGGUUUUCUGUUCGAAGACCCCGAGUUCCUGGCAGAAGAUGGCUCCAUCUUCUUCAGUCGCUUACCCCCCAGACCGUUCGAGUGGAAGCGACCAUCAGAAAUCUGUGACAAUCCUGAGUUUAUUAGUGAGGGAGCCACUCGCUUUGAUGUCCAACAGGGAGAGUUGGGUGAUUGCUGGUUGUUAGCGGCAGUGGCCUCCCUGACGUGUAACCCCAAACUUCUUCACAAGGUGGUUCCCCGUGAUCAGAACUUCACCGAUGGCUAUAGCGGAGUGUUUAAGUUCAACAUCUGGCACCAGGGGGAGUGGGUGGAGGUGGUGGUCGAUGACCGCCUGCCCACCUACUGUGGUCAGCUUGUCUUCAUGCACUCCACAGAGAAGAACGAAUUCUGGAGUGCCUUGCUGGAGAAAGCUUAUGCAAAACUGUGUGGAUCCUACGAGUCUCUUAAAGGUGGCAGCACCAGUGAGGCUAUGGAGGACUUCACUGGAGGUGUCACGGAGAUGUUUGACCUGAAGAAAGCUCCACCGAACUUGCUGAAGAUCAUGCUGAAGGCGUACGAGAGGGAUGCUCUAUUGGGAUGUUCCAUUGAUCCUGAAGGCAGUGCUUUGGAAUCUGAGUUGGAAAAUGGGUUGAUUGUGGGACAUGCAUACAGUGUCACGGCUAUCAAGCUGGUUGAUAUCAACACACCGCGGAUGUCUGGGAAGAUGCCGAUGGUUCGUAUCAGAAACCCGUGGGGUAAUGAGGCUGAGUGGAAGGGAGCAUGGAGUGACAAGUCCCCUGAGUGGCAGUAUAUUCCUGAGGAAGAGAAGCAGGAGAUCGGUCUCACCUUUGACGAUGAUGGUGAAUUCUGGAUGUCAUACAAAGACUUCUCGAUGAACUACCACAAGUUGGAGAUCUGCAAUCUUGGGCCCGACUCUCUGGAUGACGAGGACCUGGGCGACAAGAAGAAGUGGGAGAUGAGUAAACACGAUGCUGAGUGGGUCCGCAGGGUCAACGCUGGAGGGUGCAGGAACUUCCUCAAUACAUUCUGGACAAACCCCCAGUUCCGCGUGACCCUGACUGACCCUGAUGAGGAUGAUGAGGAUGAGGAAUGUACGAUGAUUGUUGCUCUGCUCCAGAAGGACCGACGCAAGAAGAGAAAGGAAGGCCUUGACCUGCUCACCAUUGGAUACGUCAUCUACAAGUUGACGGAUGAGAACCAAGGCCCUCUGGAUGAGAACUUCUUCAAGUACAAUUCUUCUUGUGCCAAAUCUCCGACAUUUAUCAACAUGCGAGAGGUGUGUGGACGGCACAAACUUCCUCCAGGAACCUACGCCAUUGUUCCUUCUACCUUCGAGCCACAAAAUGAGGGUAACUUUCUGCUGAGAAUCUUCACAGAAAAACCCAACGACACUGGUUUGGAAAGCCGUGGUAUACUGGAUCAAAGAACGGGUUACUCGGAUAAUGUGCGUCGACAGUACGGAGGCGCAGCUCCACAGUCACAGCGGCCAAUGCAGUCGUCAGUUGCCAGACGGAUUGAAGCUCCGCCCCCAACUGAUGAGGAACAGCAGCAGGAGGAUGCGCUGAAGCAGAGUUUCAAGAGGAUCUCAGGCGAGGACAUGGAGAUUGAUGCCUACGAACUCCGUGACAUCCUCAACUCAGUCUUCACCAGAGAUGGCUUUCUUGAGUUUGCCUUCCCUGGUUUUUCUAUGGAUACAGUCAGAAGCAUGGUUGCAAUGCACGACGGUGACUUAUCUGGUAAGCUUGGCUAUGACGAGUUCAAAUCACUGUGGGUGGAUCUCAGGAGAUGGAAAGGAGUGUUCAAGCAGUUUGACCGUGAUCAAAGUGGAAACCUCAGUUCCUUCGAGUUGAGAAGUGCACUUAAUUCUGUUGGAUUUCAUGUGAGCAACCAGACUCUGAGAUCUCUGGUGAUGAGGUACAGCAACAAGGAAGGACAGAUUGAGUUUGGAGAUUUCAUAAUGUGUGCAGUCAGGCUGAAGACCAUGCUGUCUUCUUUCAAGUCCGCGGAUGUACAAGGCCAAGGAGUUGCAGCGUUUGAUAUUGAAUCAUUCACCCAGAUUACAAUGUAUUCAUGAAUGUUGUUCUCGACCCUCAACGUGCUGUUGUUGUUAUGAGUAAAGCUGAACAAAACCACAUCAUACUCAACUAUCUGUUCUUUUACUGUUGUGGACUUUUUAAAUUAUUGUGUGUCAUGCUUAUUGUACAUUCAAACACUUGUUCUAAAACAAAUCUAGUCUUCUAGCACAGUUUUUUUUUUAAACAUCCUUUACACAUCUUUUAUACAUUAUUGGUUGCCGAAAUUCUGAUUCAUUAUUUCAGUUGUGGGUUGGGUGAUAUGUCAGUAUAUGCAUUCACUUUCUUAAAUGUUAAGCUAUGUGGUAAAUUUUUGUUAGUUUAUUAUAAAGAAUUCUAAGAAAUCUUGCCAUAUAAUAAUACUGAUUCACUCAACUGAACUUAAACUCAAAAUAAUUUUAUUUAGUCUCUUUUAAUUAAUGGCGAGUAGAGAUACAUGUCUUCCAUGAUAUUGGAAAUGAACUGUUAAAUUCAGCAGCUGGGUAUAUACAUGUAUAUGUGAUAACCAGCAAGUGAAAUAGUGUUUAAUGUAAAAGAAAAAGAAAAUAACAUUAUAAUACUGUAACAGGAUUUUCAUCAGGAUUUUUUUCAAGAUGACCAAAUAUGCCAGAAAUAUUUGCAGCAUGUUUGUGUAUCAUCAUUAUUCUGUGAGGAUGAAUGGUGGCGGUUUCUUGAUAUUUCAGCAUUAAACCUUUACUAUUCUAAAAGAUAUGUGGAAAUUAUACACAUGUUAACAGAACUGCAAAUUUGGAUAAAGGUAUAUUAACAGCAGCAUGAUGAAAUUUCAAGGUGCUAUGUUUUAUUUAUGUGAAGUCUGCAUAUAUGAUAACAGUUUGAAUGGGAAUAUUUUUCUCAAAUUGAAAAAUCAGUAUCUCUGCUAUCUAUCUGUCAUGCAUAUCAUAAAUGCUGUUUGUAUUCGAAUAAAAUGAUUGCUUUUUAAUUUGAUAUUCUUGUAAAUUUGGUUGAUUCUUGUCAAAGCCUUAUAAUCAUGAAAACCCCACAAAUACAUGUAGCUUUAAAAAAUUAACCAAUUCAAAAAAAAUAAUAACAAGAUAAAUAUCUUGCAUGCAUGUCUGAACUCAUUGUGUCCAUGACAGUCAUUUAACUCAUUUUCUGUACAAUGCAGUAUUUCGUAUAUAGGGCCUAAUGAUGGAAUUGCAUGGCUAAUUGGAAUUAAAAGGUUAGAAUCCUAAGAACAGUGCAAAGCUUAAUAAAAAUGAAGUCGCUUCUUUUUUGUGUCCAUUAUGUGUGUCCUAAUGUAAUUAUAAAUUUUGCCACCAGUAAGUAUAUAGUGUUCACAGUGAAAACUGAAAAUUAUGGACAGAAAAGUGCUUAAAUCUAUACACUGAAUGUAUCAUUGUUGGCAUGGUGGAGAAAACCAUAAAGAUACCAUUAAUGUCUUAGACUGAACUGUUGUUCGGUUGUAAACAUAAUGGUAAUAAAAUGUGAGCAAGUCUCUUGAAAUUGAAGUUUCUGUUGUACAGGCAAAUGUUCACUGAGGCCUUUGUUAUGCAUUUUUUUCAUAAAUUAACUGUUUACAAUAAACACUUUUCAGCAUUUUGCUUGUUUAAUACUAAGCUGUGAUCUUUGUUAUAUUUAUACUGUUUAUAUUAUCUUGGUUCAUGUUUUCGAAACUGUAUGAAACCGGCCAUUUUUUAACAAUUAAUUUCUGUUAUUUGAUGCAUUUUUCAUUCUUUUUAAGAAACUUUUUUUUAACAUAUGCAUUCAUAAUAUGGUACACAGGGUUAUCGGUUGACAUACAUAUGCAAUUUUAAGACUUUAAUAAAUUCAUCAAGAGAUAACAAUUUAAAAAAAUCUUUAUGUAUGGAUGUAAUAAUUGCCUGUUUUAAAGAACCUAACUUUAAUAUUUAGCUAAAGUUGUUAUGAAAACAUUAGUGGCAUAAAUAGCUGACGGGCAAGAAAAGGAAUCUGCCAUUUAGAAAUAACAAAAGAAACUACACAAUAUCAGUGGUGGAUCCAGAAACUACACAAUAUCAGUGGUGGAUCCAGAAACUACACAAUAUCAGUGGUGGAUCCAGAAAAUCCAUUUAGGGGCCCCCAAUGACAUGUCACAAAUGUUCCGAAAGGGAUUCCUCCAAUUCUUCAAUGUAAAAUAAAUAAGAUUGAAAUAUAAUUUAGGGGGCCCACUUUAGAUCUGCCACUGAAUAUUAGUUGUCUUGUACUCCAUAUAUUUCAGUUUAAAAGAGCAGCUAAAUAUUAGUACAUUUGUAUACUAUAUAUUAUUCUGAUCUAAUAUAAACUCAUAAUAUGCAACUUUUAAUAUUAGUAAUUUAACUACUUACGUCCAAUUCCCUUUUCCCCUGUAUUAGAAGAUUGACUUUAUUGUCUUUGUGCAGUAUUUAUCAGAAUUAAUCUUUACAGUGUAUCAAUGUUUGUGUAAUAGUUACUGUUAGUAACAAUAAAUAAUGUUGCAUAA